AUGAACUCUCACGAAACUCCAGAAACAAUUUGGAAUUCACUAUACCACAUUCCAGAGAGUACUGAAAAAAAAAUACAUCAGGUCAAGGAUCUAUACAACCGAUUUAUUUCACCUAUGUCCACUUUGUUCCCUUCUCUCAUAUUUCUUAUUUUUUCGGAAGGAAAGGUCAGUGGAAACCUUUUUCUCCGAUUCUUGGUAUUUAUUCUUCCUCUCUCUUACUUAUCAAUUCACCACUUCAGUUUGUUUUUUACCACCAAAAAAUUGGAAGACAAAUCUCCUAACGUGUUUCAUUCUUUCCUUAAGAUUCUCUUUCUUUCACUCUCCAUAAUUUUUACUCUUUCAAUUAUUUUAUUUCCUAUUAGAAGUUUGAGUAAUAACAAUCUGAAGAAAGCAGCCACCCUUUUCCUUCCUCGUGCCGUAUUAUCGACCUAUUUGCUGUCUAUCUCUUGUAGUCUUGAGUUGAUGUCGUUCAUAGAUACUGAACAAGAUGCUUUACUUGACCUAGCAAUAUUUAUAUGCAUCAUAACAAGCGGAGUAAUUUUCAGCAAAUUUGAGAAGAUCCAUCUCUUUUUGUUUGUGGUCUCUUCUUUCAUUCUUAUUCCAUUAAGAUCGUUGAAAGAAAAACACAAACCCUCUCCAAAAAGUACUGAAGUUACACUAUGGAGACAAGCUUUAUUUGCUCUAAUUCUUCUCAUCAUUAUAACCACCUAUAUAUUCUCAGCAUAUCUAUGCAUGUUCAAUCCUUGUGCCCAAGAAAGUAUUCCUUCUUAG